CCCGAGCCCUAGGUUGAUAUUCAUAGAUACGACUCGCCCAUUGUUCUUUCUUUUUCUUUGUCAGGAGGACCACUGAGUCUUCGGAUACAUACGACGUCUUUCUUCCGCACAUUCUAUCAUCCUUCUUCCUCAGGCUUCUCCUGGGUCGAAGAAGAAAAAAAGGACGCCACCGCAUUUGUGCACUGUACCCCGCCAACGUCAUUUUGAACUUUUUGGUAUCUUGCGACACGCUAGAUCCUGCACCAUCAAUCUAAUUGCCUACCUACCUUGCCAACUGGACAUCGAGCAUCUCCCACAAGACACCUACGGCCUGCACUAACUAGCACAUCAUGUCACGGGCCUUUGGAAAAGGCGGCCGAUCAUCCGGCGCAAGAGGCUUCGGCAGCCCUGCCAGUGCCUUCGGCGGCUUCUCCUCCUCACCUGGCAGCGGCCUCUCCUACCUCACCGAGCCCCCCGACCUGUCCUCCAUCUCGGACGCAAACGCCGUCGUUUCCUUCAAGAACACGCUCAAGAAAGAUGCCACAACAAAGGCAAAGGCGUUGGAGGACCUCCUGGCCUACAUACAGGCUCAUCCAUUCGAGAAGGACGGAGGCGCAGAAGAGGCAGUCUUGGAAGCAUGGGUACAAAUAUAUCCUCGUAUUUCCAUAGACAAUUCUCGCCGCGUCCGCGAACUCUCCCACACACUACAGCUCGAGUUGAUGAAGUCGGCCCGGAAGCGCAUGGAGAAGCAUGUCCCCAAAAUUGUGGGCGCCUGGCUCGCCGGCCUGUACGACAAGGACAGAGUCGUGUCGAGGGCUGCGAAUGACGGCCUCUCGUCCUUCCUCAACAGCCCGGAGAAGGUCACGCUGUUCUGGAAGAAGUGCCAGUCGCAAAUUAUGACCUAUGCCACGGACGCUAUCCAGGAGACAAAGGACACCCUCAGCGACGAGCGAUCGACGACAGCUGAUGAUGCCGAAGCCAAAUAUCUCCGAGUCGUGGGAGCUAGCAUUUCUCUCGUCCUUGGUCUCCUCCAAAAACUUGAACCAGUUGACAUACAAAGGGAGGAAGAGGCAUACGACAAUUUCUUCGCAGAAGAGAAGGUCUGGAAGAGUGUCGUCAUGGGCGACCCCUCAGUCAGACGCUCGGCCUGCCAGUUGCUGUGGACAUGCCUUGACAAGAGGCUCGAGUCUGUCUCUUCUCAGCUCCCUCGUUUGAAAAAGUCUUUCAUUGCAGAGGGACUAAAGAGCAACCAAACUGGCUCGGCCGUCGAAUAUGUCAGGGUCCUCACAAAGUUGACGAGCAAGUUUCCCGAAAUCUGGACGAGCUCUAGCGAAAAAAAGACCCCGAUCACCAGACUGAAUGGUUUCCUAGAGAAGGGAUCCCACAACAGCUCCGCCAAGUACUGGGAACAUCUCGAGGAACUCAUCAAGGCUAUCCCGGAUGAGCAUUUCACUAUCGAAGCUUCAGCGGAUGCUCUCAAGUCAAUGAAGACUGGAAUAACGAGCCGAGAAGAGCCGAGAAUGAACGCCACCCUUGCCUGGACAUGCUACGUUCGCAUAACCAAGCACUUCUUGCAGGGGCUCCCUUCGGACGGCUCGCGUGCCAAAUUGGUUCAAGAUCAUAUCUUCCCUCUGCUAGAGCACUUUCUCUUCCCGACACCCGAAAACUCUUCAUGGGAGAUUGGGGGCGCUGGGCGUCUUGACGUGCUUGGCGAAGUCUAUGGGGUUACCGUCGACUCGUCGUCUCCAGACCUGAUUCAAGUGACGACCGAGAAAUUGGAGAACCUAUCCUCUGCCUUUUGUACCAGGAUAUCCAAUUCACUACCUGAAGUGUCUAAGGACUAUGAACGGUCUCAAGAAGCUGUUUCUUCCGAGGGGAACCGUUGGUUCACCUUGUUUGGUCAAGUUCAGAAGAACAGCCAGUCUUCCACAGAGCCCCUCAUGAGCCCUUCCAAGGCUAUCAUUACGAGCAGCUUGAAUUUGCUCGCCAACAGAAAUCUCAAGCCUUAUGGAGCCGCCGGAGUAGUCUACAGCGUUGGCAAAAAUGCUCCGCAAUUGUGGGAAGAUGCGGAAGCUGCCCAUGCUCUGGAGCAAUUCCUUGUUGCACAGGGCCGAGAUCGCAUGGAUGUCCUGAUGGCUUCGCGGUCUGCUGCUGACUUGUUGAACUGCGUGAACGUCCUCGGAACUCUCAAGGGGCAGGAGACAGCUUACGCUACCAUCUGGAAGACCUGGGUUGAUGCUUUGUUGGACUUGUCCGACGAGAAGCUCGCAGCCAAAGGCGUCGAGCGUCUAGUUGCGAGUCAGCAAGCGUCAACUCUUGCCAAAACACACGAGAAGCUCCAAAUUUUCCUCGCGGCCAAGUGUUCUGGCGCAGCCCGUGGAGAAUAUGAUUCUUGGAGUCUCUUUGAGGCGGCCUUUGGUAACGAUACCGUCACCGAAUCUACGGCUAAAGAAUUGGUGGACAACAGCAUCUCCGCCUUAUCGCAAGACAAGCAAAACUCACUCCAGGCUCUUCGGGCGUUGGAAAUUGUGGCAAACAACAAGCCGGGGCUCUUGUCGCAGGAUGAGUCGACGCAUAUGGCAGUCGUCACUGAGUUGCUGGGACUCGCCGAACUCAACGACAGAUCCAUCUCGCCUCGUGCCACCUCGCUGAGAGCUUUGCUGGAACAGCCCACCGAUGGCACAUCGCCCGUUGUUGCCAUCAUCCAGCGGAAUCUGGAGGAAGCCGACCAACAGUCACUCGGUAUCGAAACCUUGGUGCAACAAGCCCUACAAGCUGCUAGGGCGGGAUCUAUCAGCACAGAAGAUCUCUUCCCGAGCACAAACAUCUGGAUGCAGCAGCUGUCAAUCUUCUUCCAAGGCUCGCUUAACCCAUCGCUCUCCAUCACCAGCGACUUGAAAGGUGCGCACUUUUUGGUCCAAGCCCCUGAGCAAACACAACGCAUUCGCGCACGGAGAGAUCGCGACGGCUACUCCAUCCCUGCGAGAAUGGCCUUUUACACCUCCAAGCUCUUGUCAUCCGACAUCUCUGUCUCGAACCUGCCAGAGAGCUUCCAGGUUGAGCUUCUCUACCUUCUGUGCGUGUCGAUCCAGAUGGUUUCGGACCAGAUCACACUGAUGGACGAAAACAAACUAUUCUUGAGCCUCGAAGUGGGAGAUGCCCUCGCAUCGGCCGAGUCGUUCGUGUCCGCCACCAGAGUAACGAUUAACACCAUUGCCGAGGAGGCCAAGGGAUGGAGAGACGGCUCAGAAGCUGGGUCGACGAAGCUGAUCCACAGCCUCAUCGCUAUCAUGACACAAGAAACGAAGGAGCUUACGCCGCUCGGGGUCUACAGCGCCAGGGCGUUGAGUGAGCUCAUCCAGACAUUGACCGAGAAGCACGGUUUCCCCGCUACCGGCGACGAGAAGAUCAACCAACUAGCCACACUCAAAGCCACGCCGCCCACGAUCCUGGCAGCGACCGCGGUGCUUGCGGGUUUUGGCGAGAGCUUGGAGUCAUCCAAGACUGUCAAUAUGCUGUGCAACCGCCUUGUUAGUGACAUCGCAGGAGCGUCUGUAGAGCCCGAAAAGGCCGACAAAACGCUACAGAUUCUGGUGCUUCUGAACGCAUGCCUGCAAGUCUACGAGGUCGGCGAGGUUCCAGUGGCUAACAACCGCAUUGUCUUCGCCGUACGCCAGAUCACGUCGUGGAUGGACGACACACUUAACAUCACUCCUGCUCUGUCGACGGAGAUCUGCAGGGCGUUACAGAGGCUGCUUCCCAGCAUGAAAGACGUCUAUGGUUCGUACUGGGAGAAGGCGAUCGAGUUCUCGACUGCGUUGUGGGCGAAGGCGUCGGACGACCGCCUCGACGACUCGCUUCCUUAUAUCCACACGUCACUGAGGCUCAUGACCGUUUUGGAAACCAUGUCAGAGCCAAACGACGACCUGGCGGACGCUCUCAAGGAGUUCGCCGAGACCAAGUCCCUGUCGCUCGUCGAACUCCUCAAGCUGGACCGCGCGAAGAGCACCCAGCCAUUGGAGAUUGUUGACGCCAUAAUCUGCAGGCAGGUCAAUAAGAUCCCCCUGAAGCACGUCAACGAUUUGUCGGACCUCUAUGGUCUCAUUGCCGCCGACUCGCGCUCCAUCCAGACCGCCGCAUUCAACCUCCUACACUACGCUUUGCCGGCGCAACAAGAGGAGCUUUCUGUCAAUGUCCUCCUCGAAAAGACCGACGCCCGCCUCCCCGACGAGCUCCUCUCACUCCUCCUCGACGCGCCCACUCUCGAGCGCUACCCGGAUGAGGUCCUCGCCCAGUUUCCCCUCGCCAUCCGCUCCUACCUCCUCUCCUGGCACCUCGUCUUUGACGCCUUCAGCACCGCCUCUCUUAAGGUCCGCAACGACUACACGGAGCACCUCAAGACGGAGAAUUAUAUCGCGCCGCUCCUUGACUUCACCUUUGACGUGCUGGGCCACUCGGCCGCCCACCCGCUCAACCUUGAACGCGAGGGCCUGACGACGCAGCAUAUCACCUCGUACAACGUCUCCCUUGCCGACGCUGAGUCCGACGAACGCAACCUGCACUGGCUGCUCGUACACCUGUAUUACCUGACGCUCAAGUACACGCCUGGCCUCUUCAAGUCGUGGUACCUCGACUGCCGCUCCAAGCAGACGCGCAUCGCGGUCGAGGGGUGGAUGACGCGCUACUUCUCGCCCAUCAUCGUCUCGGACGCCCUCGACGAGGUCUCGGCCUGGGCCGCGAGCCAGGAGCCGCCCGCCGACGAUGAUGAGAAGGAGCUCGUCGUCAAGGUCAGCAAAUCGGGCAAGGAGAUCACGGCGGGCUACGAGGUGGACGAGAGUAUGGCCUCAAUCGCCGUCAAGGUCCCGGCGAGCUACCCGAUCGAGGGCGUCAGCGUCGUCGGCAUUAACCGUGUCGCGGUGAGCGAACGCAAAUGGCAGAGUUGGCUGCUCACAACGCAGGGCGUCAUCACUUUCUCGAAUGGGAGCAUCAUCGACGGCCUCUCGGCCUUCCGGCGCAACAUCGUCGGCGCCCUCAAGGGCCAGACGGAAUGCGCCAUCUGCUACUCCAUCAUUUCGACCGACAAGAAGAUGCCCGACAAGAGGUGCCAGACGUGCAAGAAUCUCUUCCACCGCACGUGCCUUUACAAGUGGUUCCAGAGCAGCAACCAGAACACGUGCCCCCUGUGCCGUAACCCGAUCGACUACUUGGGAUCGGACACCAAGGGGCGUAGGGGUGCCUGAUGGGUUUGUUCGAUUAGCCCCCCACUAUAUAUCUUGCGGGAGAACGCAAAGAGGUUCUUGAGUAGUGUAGCAAGCCCUGAACCUUCUGGGACGGAACAAUUCAUGGACACGGUGUAUGAGAGACGAGGUAGAACGCGGAUUUUAUUCAUGCAAAUCAGGCUA